AUGGUCAUGGACUGCACGCCAUGGCAUCAAGUCGCCAAUGUUCCAUUCCAUAUAAUCUGCGUCCUCCUGGUAAUAGACACGCGUCCAUCACUCUCGAUGCUCCCAGAAGCAAUGACGACUCUCGGGCUGGUUGCAUCCACCUAUGAUACCGAAACCAUGAGAGAGGCGUAUAGCGCGGCUUGCUUGUUGGUCUUGUUACACCAACAGCGUAGAAAGGAUGAUAUAGCGAUUCUGGGAGAGGCACUCAGUACCCAGAAAACCGCUCAAUUAGAGAUAUUAUCUCAGCCAACCCCUAGUGCCGAGGAGUUCAAUUGGCUGGGCGCUCUAGUUGCAGACUUGCCUGGGCUACAAAGGGUCGAUUUGGACCAGUUUUUGAACGCAGAUAUGAUUGAUGUUCCACCUUUCAUGGGUGAAUCUACCUAA